AUGGAGGAUUCAAGAAACAUGGUCAUUAGGGGGAAAAGAACCAAGCGUCCACGACCCUCAUCCCCUCUUGCUCUAACCAUGGCAUCCACUUCAUCCACCACCACAACCACUAGUGAAGGUGGUGAUACUGAAAACCCUUAUAACACCUUCUUCCACACGCCAACCAACUCGAUCGAAUUCACAAGAAUCAUUCAAGAAAACGACGACGAAGACAUGGCAAACUGUUUGAUUCUUCUCGCCCAGGGUCAAUCUUCGCCACCACCACCACACAAAGCGGUGGUGGAUACGUUAUCCGGGUUUUAUGUUUAUGAAUGCAAAACAUGUAAUCGUGGGUUCUCUUCGUUUCAAGCUCUCGGUGGCCAUAGAGCCAGUCACAAGAAACCCCCUAAGCCUUGUUUAGAAGACAAGAUUAGGCCAAAUAACAUGGUGAACCAAGUUGUGGAUGUUCAUCAUAGCUCUACGACGCUAUCUCUUAAAAUUGGUUCCAGUCAGCAGACUCAAUGUAACCGAAGUGGCUCGACAAAGGCAUCUAAGGUUCAUGAAUGCUCGAUAUGUGGUGCUGAAUUUGCUUCUGGUCAGGCGCUAGGUGGUCAUAUGAGACGACAUAGGUCCAUGCCCAUGGCUACAACCACUUGUGGCAAUUCCGGUGGGUGUCAAGAUUCCAAGAAACCGAAAACCCUACUGUCAUUGGACUUGAAUCUUCCUGCUCCAAUUGAAGAUGAUCAUCGGGAAACGAAAUUCCCAUUUCGAUCCAAAGAUCAAAUGAUCGUGUUCUCGAAUUCUUCUCUUGUUCAUUGUCAUGUCUAA